AUGAAAUUUUACUACCAGCGUCUCUUACCGUUCCGUUAUAUUUUCCAAUGGCUAAGUCACUCGCCUAAACCAACCAAGGAUUUCACCAUGAGAGAAUUUGCGUAUGAGUACAGAUCUAAGAUAUACCAACGUUAUAACUCAUUUGGAACGUUAGAAGAGUUCAAGAAAUCUGUGGUUACCGCCAACCCCACACGUUUUGAAAUUGGGGCAGUCUACAAAAUCAACCCCAAGGAACGUAAAAACUUACCAAAACAAGCAUUUAAGCCUGAAAGUAAGGAGCUCGUUUUUGAUAUUGAUUUAACUGAUUAUGACGAUAUUAGAACUUGUUGUCAGGGUACUGAUAUAUGCUGCAAGUGCUGGAAGUUUAUUCAAGUGGGAUCGAAAAUCAUCGAAGCGGCCUUGAGAGAAGAUUUUGGGUUUGAGCAUUUGGUAUGGGUAUUUUCAGGGAGAAGAGGUGCGCAUUGUUGGGUAAGUGAUAAACGAGCCAGGGAAUUGGAUGAGACUAGUCGAAAAGCGAUAAUCGAUUAUUUGGAUGUAUUGAGUUCCAAAAACCAGAAUGGUAGUUUAAAUAUUAAAAAACCAUUCCAUCCACAUGUUGAACGGUCAUUUGAAAUUGUGAAAAAAGAGUUUUUGAAUGUGAUUCUACAAGAACAAGAUCCAUGGAAUACCACAUCGGAAGAGACCAAGGCCUGGAAACAAGUUGAUGAAUUGUUGGCAUUUAUACCAAACAAGGCAUUGCAAAUAGAGUUGAAAAACAAGUGGAAAGGUCAGACCUUUGGGUCUACAUCAAAAGAAAAAUGGGAUGAUAUCAGUACAGUGGCAUCAAACGUGCUCAAAUCGAAUUCUCAAGUAGCACAAUUAACGGAAGCCAAAAAGGAUAUAAUUAUUUAUUAUAUGUACCCGAGAUUGGAUGUCCAAGUUUCUCGACAAGUGAUCCAUUUGUUGAAAUCCCCAUUUUGUAUUCACCCGGGUACAGGUAAUGUUUGUGUUCCGUUUGAUCCGUUGAAAAAUAUAUCAGGGAAUCCUGCUGAUGACGAUUAUGGGUUCAAUCCGAAAUCAGCACCCAAUUUACGCAAAAUACAGAAUGAAUUGGAAGAAUGGGAACAAAAUAGGUCGGAUGAGAAUGACAGCCAAGAAAAAGUUAUUGCCGAUUACGAGAAAACGAGCUUGAAGCCAUAUAUUGAUUACUUUGCCAAGUUUGUGAAUAAUUUGCUUAAAGAGGAGUUGAAAGGUACUGAAAAACGAUCGAGAGAAGAAGAUCCAUUGAGUUUUUAG